AUGACGACUCUUUUCCUAGAACCUGAGGUUCGUGAGCUUGCAACGCGGAUUCAUGUCGGAAUUGGCAAUGAUAUUGAACCCUUUCUUGCGGACCGCAUCUCGAAAAGUCUUGAGCGUAAAGCCGCACGCGAAAGAUCCCGUCUGGCUAAAAGAAAUCAUCUCCACCGUGCUCUUAUUGCCAAUGGACUUACCCAACCUCCCACUCUCAUAAAUACUCUGGCGCACUUCCUUGAACCAGGUCGCGAUAGGCGACCUGCAAUGCCGGUGCUGGAAAUUGUACGCAUGAAACUUUUGCAGCAGCGUUUACAAACAGAGAACUUACAUCUUCAACCGCGAUACAACAUAUUCCGCGACUCACGUGACAAGGCACUGUUUGAAUUGUUUUGCAGAGAAUUUGAUCUUUUGCCACCUCAAAAGCAAACGAACUCGGAGGAUGGAGAGGUGGAAAUAGAAGAUCGCAUCAAGCUUUAUGAACACCACCGGAAAGAGUGGGCUUGGACUUCAAUCCCUGAAGGUGUCACAUCAAUGCUUCGGAAGCAGAUAAUCAUUUCUCCUAGCCGACAUGACAGUUGGGAGAAUACUGUCAGCAUACUCAACGAGCCGCCAUGGAGUUGGGCAUGUUUUCCAAUUCUUGUGAAGGACGCUGCUGCUACCGUAAACCCGGAUCAUACCACUAGCCCAAAGGAGGCAAGGGAGAUGGAGAAGGAAUUAAAUAAAAUAAAUAAGUGGAAUGAAAAGGCCGAGAGUGAGAUGGCUAGGAUUACAGCACUGAUCAAGGAGAGGGGGCUGGAUAAGAAGUUGUGGGGGCCAACAAGUAAGCAGUUUAAAAGAAUUGGUCAAAUCCCCGCGAAUACCGAAGCCGCGCAGAUACUCCAGAAGAUUUCUCAUAGAUAUCCCAUUUAA